AAAUAGUACAAACAUGAUUUUACUCCUCGCUAUAGCAAUAUGGAUUCUGAUAACCUCAGCACAAGGUUACUCUCCUGUGAGUGAAGUGUUUGCUGAACCAGGAGCUGAUGUUGUGCUGCCCCUAGAGGUGACACUGACCAGGAAUAAACCGAAAUGUGAUGGCUAUGAAUGGAGACAAAAUGAUAUUCUAUUAGUGAGAGAGAGAAACUGUACCCUGAUUAAGUAUAUUAAUAGGAGACACCUGACCUAUAACAUCAAUCAAAAUGCAAGUCUGGUGUUAUAUAGUGUGACCAGAGAGCAUGCUGGGUAUUAUACUGUACAAGUGUUUAACUCUAAUAGAUCAUCUAAAUAUAGCAAAACUUUUAUACUUUUAGUACAAGACCCUGUGUCAGUCCCUGACAUGAAUAUCACAUGUGACAUUAGUGGAAGUGCUGUGAUUCGCUGUGAGGUGCAGAAUGGUACAGACCUUUUAUAUAACUGGGCAUUAAAUGGAGACACCAUGCAGGGGAAUAACAGAUCUCAGUGGAGUGUGAGUGUGAAUAAGUUAGUCCUGUUCUCCCCCGGCCCAUGGAACAUCAGCUGCUCAGUGAGGAACCGAGUCAGCGAGAGACACAGUAAUCUGACUACUGUUAUGUGCCCAGAGCCUCUGUCAGAGCCUGUGCUGAAUGUUACCUGCAAUAAGAAGGAUGGCAGCGCAGUGAUUGUUUGUAGUGUGAAGAAGGGGACGGAUCCUAAGUUCUCCUUGGUUUGGAAUGGUCUCUCAAAUAACAGCAGUGUAAUAUUUAUUCCAUGCACCGGUCAAUGGAAAUGUCACCUGCACUGGGCAAAACCCAGCUUGGUACAAAAACACACCCAGAUGUCGGCAUUUGUCCAGGCAUUAGACAAUGCAGUAUAA